UACUGACGUCACAAUGUCUGAAAUCAGAUCCAGCAGUAUCACUUGGGAUCAAGUUAUAACACUGGAUCGUGUGUUAGAUGAAGUAAUUCCAAUUCAUGGAAGGGGAAAUUUCCCCACGCUGGAGGUAAAACCAAAAGAUAUCAUUCAUGUCGUAAAAGAUCAACUAAUAAAGCAAGGAAUUAUUGUAAAAGAUACCCGAUUGAAUGGUUCUACAGCAAGUUACAUACUUGCAAGUCAUAAUGGAAUCAGUUAUAAAGAUCUGGACAUUAUUUUUGGUGUUGAACUUCCAAGUAAUCAAGACUUUCAGGUUGUUAAAGAUGUAGUUUUAGGCUGUCUACUUGAUUUUUUACCAAAAGGUGUAAAAAAAGACAAGCUCACCCUAAAGACCAUGAAAGAGGCUUAUGUGCAGAAGAUGGUCAAAGUGUGCAAUACAUAUGAUCGUUGGAGUCUCAUCUCUCUUUCAAAUAACACAGGGAAGAAUGUAGAGCUAAAAUUUGUGAAUUCGAUCAGACGACAAUUUGAAUUUAGUGUUGAUUCCUUUCAAAUUCUUUUGGAUUCCAUGUUAGAUUUCUAUAGUAACAAAGAUGCCAAGUUAACCAAAGAAUCCUGUCCUGUUGUGGUAGCUGAAAGCAUGUAUGGAGACUUCCAAGAGGCAAUGAUACAUUUGAAAUACAAGCUUAUAUCUACCAGAAACCCCGAAGAGAUUAGAGGUGGCGGCCUUCUGAAGUAUAGUAACUUGCUGGUUCGUGACUUCAAACCAGCUUGUGAAGAAGAAAUUAAGACCCUGGAACGUUAUAUGUGUUCUAGAUUCUUCAUUGAUUUUCCUGAUGUAGCAGACCAGCAAAAGAAAAUUGAAUCGUACCUCCACAACCAUUUCAUAGGUGAAGAAUACAGCAAGUAUGAAUACCUUAUGAUGUUGCACGGAAUUGUGAACCAAAGUACUGUUUGCCUCAUGGGUUAUGAAAGAAGACAGACUCUAAACAUGAUUACCCUUAUGGCCUUAAAAGUACUGGGAGAACAGAAUAUUCUGCCUAAUACAGACAAUGUAACUUGCUUUUAUCAGCCUGCUCCAUACUUAGUUACUGAGGGAGUAUACCCUACUUGUUAUGUAACAUCUGGGCCACCACACAUUUUCUUCCAGCCACAUCAUGCAUUGUACUUUCAUGUUCCAAAUGGUACAAUUUAA